UUGGGUAGCGCAAAAAUGAGUGACAAAGAAGGCUGUAUUUCGUUUUCUGUCAAUGGAAAACUUUACAAGUUGCACAACGUAAAUCCUAGCGCUACUCUAAAUCAGUGGCUUAGAUGUCAACCUCACCUCAAAGGAACAAAGCAGAUGUGCAACGAGGGCGGCUGUGGAGCGUGUGUUGUUGCCAUCACGCAAAUGGACUUGACGAGCAACUGCAAGAGGACGAUUUCAGUCAAUUCUUGCCUCUUUUCUCUUAUCUCUGUUGAUAACUGUGAUGUAGUAACAACGGAAGGCCUUGGCAACUCUCGAGAUGGUUUUCAUCAGAUACAAGAGAGACUAGCAGAUGGUAAUGGCAGUCAGUGUGGAUUUUGCAGUCCAGGCAUCGUAAUGAGCAUGUUUGGGCUGCUGAAACAAAAUCCUCGACCUACCGAGCAACAGAUUGAAGACAACUUUGAUGGAAAUAUCUGCAGAUGCACAGGCUACAGACCUAUCCUUGAUUCAAUGAAAACAUUUGCGGCUGAACGAAAUCCUAUUGACAUUGAGGAUCUAAAUGGACAGUUUAAGUGCUCUAUGUCUUGCGGGGACUGUCCUUGUGAGAAAUACGUAUUUGUGCCUCAAAAUGGUGGUGCACCCAAGUUGUGGUUGAAACCUCGAUCUCUAGUAGCAGCACUGAAGGAGAUUGCCUUUCAUAGUGAUGCAAGAAAAGUAGUCAGGAUUGUGGCUGGACAAACAGCAAGAGGAGUUUUCAAGAAUGAAGAGUCUUCUGAUGUGUAUCUUGAUAUUAAGUACAUACCAGAACUGCAUAGAGUCAAAGUCACUGAUGACUGCGUGACUAUUGGAAGUGCAGUUACGCUUUCCCGUUUCAUUCAAGUACUGAAAGAAAAUGAGUCAACAGAACCCAAAUACAAGGCAUUGGCAGAUCACUUGUACAAGGUUGCUAAUGUUGCAGUUCGAAAUGUAGCUACUUGGGCUGGCAAUCUGAUGAUGGCAAAGAGUCAUCCAGAAUUUCCCUCAGAUUUGGUUACCAUUUUAGAUGGUGCUGGAGCGUGUUUGACAAUAGUCCAUCAUAGUAGUUCAGAAGAAACAGUAGACAUUCCAUCUUUUCUUCAACUUGAUAUGGCCGACAAGAUUAUUGUUGAUAUGACGAUAAGAGGCAGCGAACAAGGGGAACAAUUUUGUACAUUCAAAGUUAUGCCUCGUAGCAAGAAUGCGCAUGCAUAUGUCAAUGCUGCUUUUUCUGUGGUGCCUAGUCAGGAUGGAGCAGUGAAACAGGCACACUUUGUGUUUGGAGGCAUCGGUUAUCACUUGACUAAGGCAGUGAAGACUGAGAACUUUAUGAAAGGAAGGCAGAUAAAGGAUGCUAUUCAGGGGGCACUUGAAGUACUAUCUUCUGAAAUCCAUGCUCAGCAUUUUCCAGCUGCAAGCAGCCGACAACAUCGCGAGGGUCUUGUCAUAGCUUUGUUUUAUAAGUUUUGUGUGAUGAUGGUUCGAUCAACUGUGUCUCCAUGCUUACGGUCUGCUGCUGAUAGCAUUUAUAGAGACGUCAGUUCUAGUACACAGGAGUAUAGCAGCGAUACACUCAAGUAUCCUCUAACAAAGCCUAUGCCUAAGCUCUCAGCUAAGUUACAAGCAUCUGGAGAGGCAGAGUAUGUUGAUGAUAUUCCUACAUAUCCAAAUGAAGUUCACGGUGCUUUCAUUCUUUCAACUCAAGCAAAUGCCAGAUUACUCUCUAUGGAUGUAUCCAAGGCAUUGUCUAUGCCUGGUGUUAUUCAGAUUCUUGGUGCUAAUGACAUUCCACAUGGUGGAGUCAACAAUUGGUAUGACAGUUCUGCAACAUGCGUUGAACCAGUUUUUGCUAAUGACACGGUAAGCUUUGCUGGACAGGCUUUGGGCUUAGUUAUUGCAGAAACUCAGGCUCAAGCUUAUGCUGCUGCUCGAUUAGUUGAAUGCUGUUAUGACAGCUUGGGGAAGCCAAUAUUAUCUAUGGAAGAAGCUAUAAAGGCAGACUCUUUGUAUCCUGAUCAUCCUGAUACAAUUGUGUCUGGAGAUGGUGACCCUGUGACUGCAUGGCAACAGUCAGCACAUCAGGUUACUGGAAGAGUAUCUUGUGGAAAUCAAGCUCAUUUCCAUAUGGAGACACAGCGUUGUCUAACUGUUCCAACUGAGGAUGGGUUUGAUGUGUUUAGUUCUACACAGAGCACUACUAGGAUUCAGAAAGUAGUAGCUCAUGUUUUGGGUAUUACCAACAGCAGUUUGAAUGUGUCUGUGAGACGUAUUGGAGGUGGGUUUGGAGGCAAACUGACCAAUUGUGGACACACCGCGGCUGCAGCAAGUGUUGCUGCUUACACUCUUCGAAGACCUGUCAGAGUUGUGUUGGAUCUGGAGGCAAACAUGAAAAUGUUUGGUAGUAGAGAUCCUUGCAUGGCUGAUUACCAAGUUGGCUUUGACGAUAUUGGUCGUAUCUUGGCAGUAGUGAUGACUGUUUACUCUGAUUUUGGUUUCUCUAACAAUGAUGAAACUCUAGACGACUUUCAGCAUUUCUUUGAUAAUGCUUAUUACAUUCCUCAUUGGCAGCUUGAUCUUAGAGGCUGUCGAACUCACAAAGCGAGAAACACUUGGUGUCGAGCUCCAGGCUCAGUCUCAUCUGUAUUUAUUCUCGAGUCGAUUAUGGAGCAUGUUGCAAAGAAGCUGGGAAAGAAUCCCAAUGAAGUUCGAUACAUUAAUUUGUACCAGAAAGGACAGAUGACACCUCAUGGACAAUGUCUGAGCUAUUGUAAUUUGUCAUCUUUGUGGAUCCAACUUCUAAAUUCUGCUGAAUAUGAAAAACGGCAACGAGAAGUGGCAGCUUUCAACAAGGAUAACCGAUGGAAGAAGCGUGGUUUGUCUGUUGUGCCUUUGAAGUAUGGAAUGGACAUAUCAUGGGGCCGCUUCUCAGUACUUGUCUCCAUUUAUGGUGCAGAUGGAUCUGUUGCCAUUUCCCAUGGAGGCAUUGAAAUGGGGCAAGGCAUCAACACUAAGGUUAUUCAGGUGGCUGCCUCAGCUCUUGGCAUUGAUGAUUUGAGCAUUUUUAAAAUCAAACCUACAAAUGUUCUUACAGCAGCAAACAACUCGAUAUCUGGAGGAAGCAUUGCUAGUGAAUUGAAUUGCCAGGCUGUGUUGCAAGCAUGCCAACAGCUGAAUGAAAGACUGAAACCAAUACGGAAGGGACUACCCGAAGACGCCACAUGGAAAGAUGUUAUCAAGAAGUGCAAAGAUGAGGACAGAGAUUUAUCUGCUAGGGCAUGGGUUGAGAUUCCUAAACCGGAGCUUGGUCCGUUUGAAUACAACACUUACGGUGUGACAGUUACUGAAGCAGAAUUGGACGUAUUAACUGGUGAAAACGUGAUACGCAGAGUAGAUGUUUUGUAUGACUGUGGUGAAAGCAUGAAUCCAGAUAUUGAUAUUGGUCAAGCUGAGGGUGCCUUUAUUAUGGGUCUUGGGUAUUGGCUGUCAGAACGUUUUAUUCAUGAUCCAGAGACAGGAGAGUUGCUGACAUGCAAUACAUGGGAGUAUAAACCUCCACUGUGCCAAGAUAUUCCGGCUGACUUUAGAGUGAGUCUCUUGAAAGACGCUCCCAAUCCAGUCGGUAUUCUCAGAUCGAAAACGUCUGGAGAACCUCCACUUUGUAUGUCAUGUUCCGUUCUGUUUGCUAUAAAGCACGCUGUGGAGAGUGCCAGGGAAGAGAUUGGUGUUACAGACUACUUUACGUUGGAUGGUCCAGCUACUGUUGAUGCAAUACAAGUUGCUUGCAGAGUUCACCAUCGACAGUUUACGCUGUGAAAACGUGUGCAUUGUGCUGCACUUGUGGUAUUAUUUGUUGUUUGUCUUUGAUACUAGUAUCUCUUAUGUCAUUGAGAGAGUACCUACGGUAGCUGAUGAGUUGUACAUGAUGUCAAGUUUUGAAGUGUUGUAAUAGUGUGUGGCUAUCGAUUCUUUUGGGUUAUGAUUUUUGUUACAGUUUGAGUUAACUUUAAUCCAUUUGUUUUAUAGGGUUACUAGAGUAUAUGAAAUGGGUGCACUUCAG